UUUGGAACUCGUAGCACGCAAAUGUCUCGUUGUUGUCGCUCGGCAAGUUUAAGUGUCAUUAAGGUUGAGAUACGUCGUCGUUGCGUUAGUGAAAUUGCUAAAUUGAUGAAAUCAACGCAGACCAAUUGAAGUGCACAAUAAUUUAAUUGUGUUUUCAGUGCAAUCUAUGAGAAAAAUGUCGUGCGCGUUGCGUUAACCAUAUGAAAAUAAAUCGGAAAGUGUGAAAGAGAGAAAAGAUAACUUAGUGCAAAUGUUUGUGUGGCUAGCUAAACUGAAUUAUGCUUAAAAUACAAUUUAUAUAAAUUGCCAACAAGCCAAAAAUUAAUAAGUGCAACAAUUACAAUACAGAAAAAUAGCAAGAGCAGCGUUUAAACAGUUGCACGUAGCAGGACCUGUAAAGGAAACAAAGAUAGACAGCUUCCAAUGGGUCAUCAAUUGAGCAAACGAACAGACCUCAUCGUUGCCAGCCAAAGCCAAAGCCAAAGCAGAACCCACAGAAAUUCCAGAAGCAGCAGGCAGACGGACUUGGAGCAGGAGACGCAGCAGCCAGAUAUUGCUGAAGCUGGCGAAAAGGCAACACCAAUUGCUGAGGAGGCGUUAGCAGAGGUGCGACAAAUUAUAAUUAAAAUACAAUUGGCCAAAAUGGAGGGCGGCAACGACAGUACGGAGCAGCAGCAGCAGCAGCAGGAGCAGCAACUGUCCGAGGGCGUCGCGAUGUCUGCGGACGCGCUCAAUGCAAAUGAGCAAAUUUUAAGUGUGGCAGUGGGUGCGGCAGCGGGAACAGAGGGAACAGGUGCGAGUCGAACUGCGGGCAGUUCAACGGAAGCGCCAAAAACAAACGAAAGACAACUCGUGAAUAACAACAAUUUAGCGGGAAGCGUCGCGUCGGCGUCGGCUGCGGUCAGAAUGCUACAAUUGCACGACCACGACCAUGAUGACGACGACGUCGUCGUUGAUGACGCCGAAGACGCCGAAUUGGAAAUGGCAAUAUCGUCGUUGCUGCGUCGGCGGCAUCGCAGCAGCAGCAGCGGCGGCGGCGUCGGCGUCGGCGCCGAAGGCGUCGAGUACUGCGAGGUGUUCGAGCCGCAGCCAGUCAGCGAUAUGUUGUCGAGCGGAGCACAACGCGCGCAAGCGCCCAGCAAUAGCAGCAGCAGCAGCGCCAGCGGCAACAGCUGCUGUCGCAGUCGCAGCAGCAAGGCUUUGGCAACUGGCGCCGCAGUAACAGCCACAUCCAAGCGUCGUUGCUGCAAAUGCAAAUGUCGCGAUGCAUUGCGCGGUCUGCGCGGCAUGCUGGAGUCGAGCACGGGCAGUGCCAGUGCCGCCGCCGCCGCCAAGGACAAAAAGGAGCCGGCAGCAGCUGCUGUAGCUGCGCCUCGCAGCAAGACGCGCAGCAGCGCUGACAGACGCUCCACACCGCCCACGCUUAGUGCCAGCAGCGGCGGAGCAGCUGCAGUGAAUCGCCUGCAAACGCAUCGUCAACGCAAUUCUGUGGCCGUCGCUGAGCCCAGCCAGCUGGCUAUUUGGGCAGCGCCCGCCAUGGGCGAUGUCAUCAUACGCAUCAGUUCCCAGCCGCAGCCGCAAUUUUUGAUGGAAUCAGCUGCAGCUACCGCAGCGUGCAACAAUUGCAAUGCGAACACGCCCGUGGUCACGAUGAGCCAUCAGGGCUUACGCUUGGUGGCCUCCACACAUCCAGAUCCUGCUGCUGCGGCGGCAGUGGCGGCCGCGGCGGGAGUCCUGCCCGCUUUGGCCAUUGAACAGCCACGUGCCGCAGUUCCUUUGAAUGCGUACGGUGUCGGGGUGACGGUUCAUUCACAAAUCGAUUUUAUGCACUGCCUGGUGCCGGAUCUGGAGCGCAUCAUCAAUAGCAGCUUCUAUUGGGGCAAAAUGGAUCGGUACGAGGCGGAGCGUCUGCUCGAAGGCAAGCCGGAGGGCACAUUUCUGUUGCGCGAUUCCGCACAGGAAGAGUUCCUAUUCUCGGUCACAUUCCGCAAAUACGGACGCUCGCUUCACGCGCGCAUCGAGCAGAGCGGCCACAAGUUCAGCUUUGAUUGUCAUGAUCCGUGCGUGUUUGCUGCUCUGACGGUUACCGGACUGCUGGAGCAUUACAAGGAUCCGUCGUGCGUGAUGUUCUUUGAGCCGUGUUUGACCAUGCCGCUGCAUCGCCGCCAGACGUUCUCGCUGCAGCAGUUGGCGCGCGCAACAAUUGUCUCGAAUACCACAUACGAUGGCAUCAAUCAGCUGGAGCUGCCGGGUCGCCUCAAGAGCUACCUCAAGGAGUACCACUACAAGCAGAAGCUGCGCGUCAAGCCCUGCGAUGCACACACACCAGCUCCCUACUAUGCUAACAUAUAGUCCGCGGCCACA